CAUUGUCAAAAUCUCCCAACGCCAAAACAACCGCCAACAUGCCUCCAAAGAAAGUCGCGCGCCCCGCGCAAGAGAACAUCUCCCUCGGCCCUCAGGUCAGAGAUGGUGAGCUUGUCUUCGGCGUCGCUCGCAUCUUCGCUUCUUUCAAUGACACCUUCGUGCACGUCACCGAUCUCAGUGGUCGUGAAACCAUCACCCGUGUCACUGGUGGCAUGAAGGUCAAGGCCGAUCGUGAUGAGUCUUCUCCUUACGCUGCCAUGUUGGCUGCUCAGGAUGUCGCCAUCCGCUGCAAGGAGCUUGGCAUCAACGCCCUCCACAUCAAGAUCCGUGCUACCGGAGGUAACGGAACCAAGACCCCUGGCCCAGGUGCCCAGUCUGCCCUCCGUGCUCUUGCCCGCUCUGGCAUGAAGAUUGGCAGAAUCGAGGAUGUUACCCCAACUCCUUCUGAUUCUACCCGCCGCAAGGGUGGUCGCCGUGGUCGCCGUCUUUAGACGGUGGCUUCUGUGGAUAUUUGGGUUUUUGUGCAGAUUUGACAAUCACGCGGAGAACGGCUCUAAUUGCCUGGUCUUCAAUACUGCUAUGUUGCCACGCGACAGUAGAGCACAUCAGUAGAAAGAAUCGAACCCAUGCUCAAGUA